UUCGAGCAAUCUUUCUACUGUUAACCUAUUUCUAACAGCUAAAACCUUUUUUUUUUUUGAAACGAUAAUUUAAAUUUGAUUUGGCUAAUUUAGUUUGGAGAAGAUGGCUUCCCAAGUUUCAACUGUUUAAAGGAUUACUGCUAGUAUUUAACAGCAGCUAGUGCAGUAUUUCAACCGUUGAACUCGUCUCUCAAGAAGUGAAGUCAAGACCCAUUUUUGUCCCUUAAACUCUUUGUAUUUAAUGUAACCCUCCAUCUUCCAAGAGAUUUCUCUCCGAAGUAUCUAAGAGACGUUGCUCACUCUUCACAAGCUUCAAUCUUUGCUUUCACCAUCCAUGGUCCAUAAAAGGGUAAGCUUUAGCAUCUCGACCUUCCUCUUCUCAUUCCGUACUUACUUUACCUUGUACUUCAGUCCUUAAUUUGUCUCUCGGGCUCAGCCUUGUAUGUGUUAUAAGAAUUAUGACCCUUUUAUCCGUAUAGUUUGGAUCUUCAUUCGUCAGCCUCAAUUCUUGUAAUCAGUUGGGUAUUUCUUUCUUUUUUAGGAGCUUUGAUGUUCUUGUGUUCUUUGGUUGAGUUAGCUUAUUUAUUUGUCGCUUUUUGGGUUAUUAUCCUUUCUGUAAUCAUGUUUGGGGUUUCUUGGCCUGUGAACAUGGCAAGGUUAGCUUGAAAGUUACAGAGGAAUCUGUUCUAUUGUAAUUUUCUGGAGUUUGUAUCAUCAGCCCUAGUUUCAUAGAUUAACAUGGAUCAAAGUUACACCGGAUUCACAGAUUCAAUAGACAGUUUCAAGGUAGAUGACCAACCCAGCUUGGCCAAUUCAGAUCAAUACUUGAAUUUUGAAAAUGGGUUUAAAUUCACUGUACCUUCCCCAGAUUUCAGCUUUGAUGAAAUCCCUUUCACACCUCCAACUGAUCUGGACCCUCAUGAUCCAUCUAUGUAUCUCACCGCCAACCAAGAGGGAGAGUCUUCUCUUCCCUCUGCAAGCGCAGAUGAAAUCUUCUUUGCUCUGUCAACUGGCUGGAGCCCGGAGGGAGAGUCUUCAUCGCCUAGUGAUGAUAGCGACUCCUCGGAUCCUGUUCUCAGGUAUAUAAGCCAGAUGCUUAUGGAAGAAAACAUGGAGAAUAAGCCCAGCAUGUUCCAUGACCCAUUGGCUUUAAAAGCCACUGAGAAAUCAUUGUAUGAAAUGAUUGGUGAGCAAUAUCCUCCCUCACCUCAUCAACCCCAAAUUCAUGCUGAGAGUCCAGAUAGUAAAUCUUUUGGAGGUCUCAGUAAUCGUUCUACCACUAGCCCGUCCAAUUUGUUAAGUUCUCAGUGGGUUGGUGAAAUUGGAGGGUAUAAACAGUCUUCUUCAGAAGCCUCUCUUCCUGGUGACUACCAUUUACAGUCUGAUUCACAGCCCACUUCACAGAUCUCUGUCAACAUUUCCAAUAACCUGACCAAUAAUAGCAGUGGACUGUCCACGUCUGAGUUGGUACGAAGUAUGUUUGGUGAUACGGAAUCUAUCCGGCUGUUUAAGAAAGGGCUAGAGGAAGCUAGUAAGUUUCUUCCAAGCUCUAACCAUCCGGUGAUUGAUUUGGAGAGCAACAAUGGGGCUACACCGCACAAGGAGCUAGCUCUUGGGGAGAUAGUUAAAGAAGAGAGAAUUGUGAGGGGGGGCUCUCCUGAUCGAAGGGGAGCUAGAAAGAACCACGACCGUGAGGAUUUAGAUUUCGAUGAAUUGAGGAGCAACAAGCAGUCGGCAGUCUAUAUGGAAGAGACUGAAUUGUCUGAGAUGUUUGAUAAGGUUUUACUUUUUCCUACGGGAAGCGGUCAGCCAGUAUGUUGCGAUGAAUCACCUGUACAGAACGAAACAAACAAGAUGUCUCAGUCAAACAGAGAAUUGAAUGGAUCUAGCAUCGGGAAAUCUACUCAUGGUAGAAGAAAAAGCAAGAAGAAGGAAACAGCAGAUUUGAGGACUCUCCUGAUUCUAUGUGCUCAGGCUGUUUCUGUAAAUGACUCUAGGACUGCUUAUGAACUUCUGAAGCAGAUUAGGGAGGAUUCUUCUCCUUCUGGUGAUGGAUCUCAAAGGUUGGCCCAUUACUUUGCCAAUGGCCUUGAGGCUCGCUUGCUGGGAAGCGACACUGGAUUUCACAAUUUUUGUGCUUCCCUGGCUUUCAAUAAGAAGUUUACUGCCGCUGAUAUGUUGAAAGCUUACAAAACUUAUAUUUCAGCAUUUCCAUUCAAGAAGAUUUCAAAUGUUUUUGCGAACAAAAUGAUUUUUAAGGUGGCUGAAGAUGCAACAACACUUCAUAUUGUAGAUUUUGGGAUCCUAUAUGGUUUCCAGUGGCCGAUGCUUAUUCAAUUCCUUUCAAUGAGACCUGGUGGGCCUCCCAAGCUACGCAUUACGGGAAUAGAGCUCCCUGAAGCUGGUUUUCGGCCAGCUGAAAGAAUUGAGGAGACAGGACGCCGCUUGGCAAAGUACUGUGAGCGGUUUAAUAUCCCAUUUGAGUACAACCCCAUAGCUUCGCAGAAUUGGGAAACUAUCCGAAUUGAGGACCUUAAUAUUAAUAGCAAUGAGGUGCUUGCUGUCAACUGUCUGUUCAGGUUUAAGAACCUAUAUGAUGAAACCGUGGAAGUAGACUGCCCAAGGAAUGCAGUUUUGAAUUUGAUCAGGAAGAUGAACCCGCGUAUAUUUGUCCAUGCUAUUAUCAAUGGACCCUACAAUGCUCCAUUCUUUGACACGCGAUUCCGUGAGGCCCUCUUCCACUUCUCUGCUUUGUUUGAUAUGUUUGAUACUUGCUUACCAUGUGAUGAUCAACAGAGGUUGCUGUUUGAGAGAGAGUUUUAUGGGCGGGAGUCUAUGAAUGUUAUAGCACGUGAGGGCAUGGAGAGGGUGGAGAGACCUGAAACAUACAAGCAAUGGCAUAUCCGGAAUCAGAGGGCUGGGUUCAUGCCACUGCCAUUGGAUCAGGAGCUGAUGAAGAAACUAAGGAUGAAGUUGAAAGGGUAUCACAAAGAUUUUGUAAUUGAUGAAGAGAGUCAUUGGCUGCUUAUGGGAUGGAAGGGCAGGAUUAUCUAUGCUGCUUCAUGCUGGGUACCGGCAUGGAAGUCUUGAUCUAGGAUUUGGAAUUGAUAACUCCAACAUCCUUCCUGAUGGGAGCAAAGAUAACUUUAAAAUCAGAUUGUUCUUAGCCUGAAGCAGCUAUUGAUUUGUGUCCUGGUGUCUUUUGGUGUCAGGAUAGCAACUGACGAUGACAUGCACACGAGCACACAAAACACUGACAUGCGAGUUAUGUUUGUUAAGAGAUGAAUGUUCCACAUCGUCUAGUUUGGGCGAAUUGUAUGUGGAUAUAUGUGGUACCCUCUGCUCUAUCUACCCUCAAUCCCAUUCUUUGCCCCUUAGAUUUGCUUACAUGAAAGGCAUGGAUUCUGUGUUUUUGUUGUGUAUGAUAUAUCAAUGAAUAAAGUUUAUAGUUUCCAGCUCUAUA